AUGUCCGUUCUCUCAGAGAAACUUACUGCGCCGAAUGGCCUCGAAUAUAUGCAACCUCUAGGAUUGUUCAUAGACAACGAAUUCGUGGAAGCCAAGUCCGGAAAGAAGAUCACCUCGAUCAAUCCCACAGAUGAAUCUAAGAUCGCGGACGUUGAGGCAGCUGGCGAACAAGACGUGGAUGCUGCUGUAAAAGCUGCUCGCAAGGCAUUGAAGGAUCCCACAUGGAAAGACCUCUCCCCAACAGAUAGGGGAAGACUGCUUGUCAAACUGUCAGACCUUGUCCUUAAACACAUAGAGACCCUAGCUACAAUCGAAGCUUGGGACAACGGCAAGCCAUAUUCCGUUGCGCACGAUGAAGACUGCGUAGAAGUUGCAGAGACGCUCAGAUACUACGCCGGAUUUGCCGACAAGGUAUUUGGCAGCACCAUAAGUACUUCGUCCCGAAAGUUUGCCUACACUCUACGCCAGCCCAUUGGCGUGGUUGGUCAGAUCAUACCCUGGAACUAUCCUCUGGCAAUGGCAGCAUGGAAAUUGGGCCCUGCGUUAGCUUGCGGAAAUACAGUCGUCCUCAAACCUGCGGAGCAGACUCCACUCAGCAUUCUAUAUCUUGCGAACCUCAUCAGGGAAGCUGGCUUCCCUCCUGGCGUAGUGAACAUUCUCAAUGGCUUUGGAAAAGAUGCAGGAGCGGCAAUCGCCAGCCACCCUGACAUUGAUAAAAUUGCCUUUACCGGUUCCACAACCACUGGCCGUGAAAUCAUGAAAAUGGCUGCCGCAAACCUCAAAAAUAUCACCCUAGAAACUGGCGGCAAAUCCCCGCUCCUAGUCUUCGAGGAUGCAGAUCUGGAUCAAGCAGCUAAAUGGGCACAUAUUGGUGUUAUGUCCAACAUGGGCCAGAUUUGUACGGCCACUUCACGCAUCCUUGUUCAGGACACCGUCCACGACAAAUUCGUCGAAUUGUUGAAGAAGGUCGUCGCCUCCACGAGCAAAAUCGGCGAUCCCUUUUCCGAUGACACCUUCCAAGGCCCGCAAAUCACGAAGUCCCAAUAUGAGCGGGUACUCGGGUACAUCGAAAGUGCUAAGGCUGAAGGUGCGACUCUAGUCGCUGGGGGUGUACCCUACAAGAAUGUUGGAGAUGGAAAAGGCUUCUUUAUCGAGCCCACCAUCUUCACUGGCAUUAAGGAUAACAUGACGGUCUACCGUGAUGAAGUCUUCGGCCCGUUUGUUGUUAUCGCGAGUUUUAAGACUCAAGAGGAUGCUAUCAGAAUGGCAAAUGAUUCCACGUAUGGUCUUGGUGCAGCAGUUUUCACUAGGGAUAUUCAACGCGCGCAUUAUGUGGCGAGCGAGAUUGAAGCUGGCAUGGUUUGGAUUAACAGCAGCAACGACAGCGAUUUCCGUGUGCCAUUUGGUGGAGUGAAGCAAAGCGGUAUUGGACGUGAGUUGGGUGAAGCGGGAUUGGAUGCAUACACGCAGACAAAAGCUGUUCAUGUUAACAUGGGAACCGUGCUGUGA